AUGUCGGUACAGCGCAGAUCGUCUUCCCCAUUGUCUUCGGCGUCGCCCUCCCCUCUCCAGGCGCCCAUUGCCAAUGGGGACACGGCUCUCACCGAGCUCAACCUCGGCCCCUCUGUAGGCCCAGAGCCGGAGGAGGACGGUAUCAUCGGAGGCAGCAGCCCCACAACGUUGACGGAGCCGCUCACCGAGAGCGAGCUCACAGAAGAUGAGGGCGAGGCCGAUGAAGAGGCCGACGAAGAGGCCGAUGGGCCAGCUGAAGAGGGCGGCGUCGAGGAAGCCGAAGCCGAUGGCCCGGAGGACGAGGCAAUCGAUGAUGUGGAUGAUGAUGUGGAUGAGGAUGAUGGCGACGACGUCAAUGAUAUAGCCCCCCGUGUCACCAAGCGCCCAGCGGUCAGCGGCGGUGGUUCACCCUCCCCAUCCCUCACUCCUCCUCCCCCAUCCGACCCCCCACGCUCCGAUGCCCUCCCGUCGUCCCCGCACAACGAGAACGGCGACAACGACGAGGACGAAGACGAGCCUAUGGAUCAAGACGAGGAGAUUGAGGACGUCGACAUUGCUGAGGACGAGGCCGAGGCCGGCGACGACGACGGAGAGGAGGACGGCGACGUGACCAUGCGCGCCGAGCCCGAUGCCGCCGAGGUCGAGGCCGAAGAUGGCAGCGACGAAACUGCCAUCAAUGAAGACGCAGCCGAAGCCGAGGCAGACGCAAUAGUGGACGCCAACGAAGACGCUGCCGCUGGUCAAGCCACCGCUGAGGAGGCCGAGGAGGAUGCUGCUGAGCAAGCGGCUGCCGAGGAUGUCGCUUGUGAGGAUGAAGAAGAGGAGGCUGCCGAGGCAGCAGAAGCUGAAGAGUCUUCAGACUCGCCUGCCGCAUUACCUUCGCGCUCAUCCAACACCCACUCCAUGCAUGCUCCGCCGCCCACCCCCGCAGCAAUGCGUGCCCUUUUGGCCCUCGAAGUCAAGUUCGCUUCCCUGCGCGACAGGCUUUACGUUGAGCGACUCGAGGAAGCCGCGCGUGAGGAGGAGAUGAUCCUCAAUGGCACUCACCCGGCCCUUAUGGAGCUCAACAAAGUGCUCGAAGGUCGUCGCGCGCGCUUGCACGAGAUUGCCUUGCACCGCUACGAGGAAUCGCUUGCCGACCUGGCCAUUUGGCGGGAUGUGGAAAAGAAGAUUUCCUGGGGCACCUGGACUGACGAGCGCGACAAAUUGCAAUGGGAGGAAUUCGAGCACACAUGGAGCAAGCGGCGCCGCCUCGCGCGUGAGAAGAACGAGAUUGAGACGCCAAAGGUCCACAAGCCUGUUCCCAGUGUGCACCGCCCUCCAAAGCCAUUUGACUGGUCGGCAGGGGCUGUUCCAAGCAAGCUCACAACAGAGGAUGCUCUACAUGACCUCCAGCUGAUGGACCUCCGGAGGCAGCAACAGCAGCAGCAGCAGCAACAACAACAGCAGCAACAACAGCAGCAACAACAGCAGCAGCAGGCACAGCAAGCCUCUCGACACGCCUCCCCGUACGGCAACUAUGCGGGGCCAUCUACGUCGAGCUACCCCUAUCAGGCCAACCAACACCCGGCCAGCUACCUGCAGGCAGAUACGUCCGAGGCUGCCGACCGAAGGCAUCACCAUUAUCCAGCUUCACGGGCGCAUGCUCGCCCAGCAGCUCAGUCUCAAGCUACCCACGCUGACCCAGCACGACCAACCGCUGGACCGUCGAUUUCUGCGCAACCAACCACAUCAAAGAAACCGCCUACGGCACAUGAGGUCUUUGGAGUGCCGCGGAGAGACCCAGCGCCGGCCCAGAGCAAUGGCGACGGCAAGUUGACGAACGGCCAUUCACGGCACGGCGCAACACCAGCGCAAUCGGCUCUAGGUCUGAACACAUCUUCGUCGGCCGCCACCUCCUCGUCUUCUCGACCUAUCGAAACUAAAGCCGCGGCCGCUCCCCCUUCCUUGUCCUCCACAUCAGCCAAUGCUUCACACCCUGCUCCUGAGCGAGCAAACGCUUCAUCUCGUUUCCCUGGGCUGGCCGACUACCUCUCAGGCUCAGCAACACCUCCACAGAACUCUUUCCAGCACCAUCUGCAGCAGUCCAGUGCAGCCGCAUCGGCGGCAAGCAAGGCUGCGCCAUCCGCCCCGUCCGCGUCUAGUACUACUAAUUCAACCCUUGGUUCGGCUUUGGGUGAGUUUGCUUUGCCAAUUGGGCUCGAGGUUUUGUGUUUGUCUGCUGACUGUCCAGGCCGUCCCUCAUUUGCCUCAGCGCCGCAGCCCCAGGCGGCCAGUGUACCCCGUAGCUGA